AUGUGGUCAGAUAAUACUUCGGCAGCUGCUGCAUCUAGAGACCUACCUAAUGAGGAGAUCGUCACCAGCUCCUCCCCCAAGGCUGUCCCCGCUGCAUUUACCGCACCAGAUUCACCUAAACGUUUUCGCUUCGUUAAAGGUGUCUCCAGACCAAAGAAGCGUCGGAGAGCCAACUCGCCAAAGGAGCAAGCAAGCCGAUCAGUUGCAAUAGAAACCUCGUCGGUUACCCCUGAGGUUGUGCUAAGAACAACAGCGCAGAACUUGGACAUAUUUGAUGAUCCCCAAAAGCGCAAUAGCCUAUCUGGUCUAGUGCACCCUCUCCGCUACCGGGAAUUGGUCAACUCACUUGAUGCGGGCACACUCAGUGCUCCAAACCCAUGGCGGCCCAAGUGCAUUGACGACACCUCGCAUUCGGUCACAAGUCGCAAUGCUAACAUGAGUCCUAUCAUGGACCAGGCAUACUUGGACUUUUUGGUGCGAUGGGAAAAACAAGAUGAAUGGUCUUUCUUCGAUCUGACUGGGUGUCCCCGAGAAUUGCUGGUUCACCUGUUCCAACUGGCCGAGUUAGCCAAGCAGUACGAGAUCGGCUUAUCCAUGAAAUGGCUGACUUUCAACAUGGCUCCUGUUACAAAGAUAGAAUAUGAACUGAUUGGGUGGAAGAAUGACAUAGAUUCUCCAUCAAGUGACGAUGACCCCACAUUGGGUGUAGAAGAGGCAAUAAGGCAACUCCACGAGCAACAAGAUCGCUACCACUGUGCGGAGGCCUGGCGAUAUGGAUUGCUCCUAUAUCUUGAAUAUAUCUUCAAGAGUGAUCGCAAAAGACGGUCCAUCAGUGUUCAUAGACUGGUGCGCAAGACAAUUGACCACAUUCGGAGCUGCCGACGAACAUCCCAGACACAAAAGCAACUCCUUAUCCCGGUUUUCCUCGCAGGCAGUGAAACCACAGAUGAAGAUAUGCGCCAUUUUGUGAAGGAAUACUGUGUUUAUUGGGGCGAGAAGUCUCGUUACAGCAUGUUUAAUUCUGUUCCGGUGCUUUUCGAUGAAAUCUGGGCCACAGGAAAAUGGUGGGGUGCCGUGAUUGAUAGCAAGACGCGACCUAGCUCUGGCCACGGACAGGAAACUACACAAUUAUUAUUUGGAUAG